AUGGGGUCUUCGGAUGAUUCCAAUUGCCUCGUGCCCUAUGAAAGAUUGACGGAAGCCGCAAUUUUCGCGCGCGGAGAAGACGAAGGUUUCCGCGCCCUAGAGCAACUAAGCAUUCUCUGUGCAGAGAGAUUCUCUUUCGAUUUGGUCGAAAAGCCAGCUUUUAAACCCAACGACAGUGUUAUAUCGCAUAUCCCAGGGUUGAUUCCAAAAAACGUAACGGAGUUAGUCUGGAACAAGGUGUACCAAAUGGAAAGGAAUGGCUGGAUGAGUAGCAAUCCUGAUUCGGUCGAUGGUUUGCCAAGCUUACAUUUGAAUCUAGUUACAGGUGGGAGGCAAAUAUUCACGAAAGCCAGUUGUGAAGGUGGCGACUCUUGCGAGAGCUUUGAAAACGGAAUAUGCGAUUUGAUCGAACUCAUAUCACCUUUCGUCUAUUAUGAGCUUCUCCCGAAAGUCAACGAGUUGCUAAACACAACAACAAUUAAAGUCGACGAUAUUUUUCUUCGUCGAUACGGAGAUGAGCUUACUGAUGGGAUGUCACGCAACGGCAUAUCGGCUCACUACGAUGUUUUUUCUCGCUUGACCUCUGUGAUUGCCUUGGACGACACUGCCGCUCAAGGAACCAACGGGUUGUAUACAACACAGCAAUUAAUUGCGGACACAAAGACAUUUGGAACAACUUCCAAUCACGCUGCACUUCGUCGCUUUUUUCCUUUGCAAUGUGGCGAUGGGGUAGUUCACACUUGGGAUGUUCUGCAUGGUGUACACAUUGAUCCUGGCCUGAAUCGUACAAGCCUGAUUGUCUGGUUUACGGACUCGGACGAGCCAACACAAACGAAUGUUCCAUCAUGGAUUUCCAAACGAUCCGAUCUAGAAAGUAACGACGUGACGCAGUUUGUCCUUGCUAGUUCUUUAGAAAGUGCCAGCAUUUUGUCUGGAGAGCUCGAGCAGCAGUGCAAUAAUCCUGUACCACGUAGGAGCCUGGAAGACGCUACUCUUCCUACAACAGGAGCGUCAGGAGAUCAUCUUCAUUAUUUUGACUUCUAUUUGGAAAGUGCAUCCCGUGGAAACUCUUUUGCCUUGACUCGACUGGGACGAGCCUGCGAAGAAGGUCUCUUGUCUAGUCAAGGACUCCAUCGAGCACAAGAAAUCCUGACACGAUUGCAGCCCAGCAUGUGUUUAGAUCUCCCCGGCGUGCCAGGAUUACACGAGCUGCACAGUCCCAUGAAUCUGGCAAAACGAUUUUGGUUGGAAGGCGCCGUCCGAGGGAACGCGAUUGCUCAAAUUGCGCUAGGGGACGAAUGUAUGAUGGAAGCAUCUGAAACUGGCGACUCGGACGUUCGUCUAUUGGCUGCUGUUCUCUUCGCUCUAGCUGCUCAGCAACCGGGAAACGUGCACGCCUUUGACUCAUUGGCAAGAGUGAUCGAUUUUGAAGUAGCUGAUGAGAAAAUCCGAAACGACGAAGACUUCGCUUCUUCAUUUAUUGUACGAAUCGCACAUAGCGUUCAAUCAACUAUUGGCUGA